AUGACGCCUAGCGUUACUUCAUAUCCCGCACCCGCUUUGACAAUGAUCGACAUCCUUGGAGUCAUUUUCGAAGCCUGUCUUACCUUGGAUAUUUCCGUGGAAUGGCAGAACGACGUUCGGCAAAAAAUGGCUCUUGGAGCGGUGUGCAGGUGUUGGAAACUCGCCUUGGAGUCUAUUCCCGCCUUGUGGUCGUGCAUAAUUCUAGUCCCGCGAAUGCCUCAGUACUACAUCGACAAAGUUUUUCGUCUUGCCAAGGCAACUCCGAAACGUUUGCGCAUCGAUAUCUACUCGGAAUUGGCCCCCACAUUCUUAUCUUCGAUUGCCGCUCCCUUGGUCGCUACAGCGGAGACCGUCACUCACCUCUGCGUGGAGUAUUAUUCUCACUCCGUUUGGGAUACAUUCGUCGACCAUUUAUCACAAGCAGCUGCCAACCCUCCGUCAAACUUCGCCUUACUCAGAUCUUUCUACGCGACACCGCAUUGCCGAUUAUGGCCUCCGAUUGGUCCCAGUGGCCCACAGCCAUUUCGAGCGCAUGCUGCCGAUCUCCGGCAUCUCCAUCUCGACGGCCUACCCCCGUCCUCGUUCGUAGUUGGCUCCAACCUGAUUUCAUUGGCUAUCACAAAUUUGGACCUGACCGCAGACGAUCCGCCUAGCACCUUUGCUACAAACCUACUGGACUCUCUUCAUCACACACCCCGCCUCGAAACUCUCCUCCUCGAUGUCAAUGAGCCAUUCUUUGCCCAGUCUAUUUCGCACCACCGAGUUGUUCUUCCCCGCCUGAGCACCUUAUCAUUUCGCUGCACUCUGCCAUUUCCACAUCUUUGCGGCAUGAUGCUCUCCUUAGUUCACCUUCCGACAUUACACACCCUUUCAUUGGGCUUGACCGCAGUGGAAAAUUCGAACAACUUCAUUUCAGCCAAUGAAACUCACCUUUCCACCAUCACUGUUCUGCGUUUGAUUGGGGAUGUUUCUGCUUACAUCGAUGUCGCCAGUGGUCAAGCAAAACUUUUGUCGUCGUUGACGGCCAGCAGCAGGCUUCGGGAUCUCGAUUUUCUCGAUGCUCAGGGGCUGUUUGCGUUUGAAGCUGAACGAAAUGCCCUUGUUCAAACCCAGUUUCUCGAGAUCCUUGCGCAUGCGCUUACUCUACCGGCUGUUCGUCUCUUGAUCAUAACACCGUUACUUUUGCCCCCGUAUCCAUUAUCCCAUCAAAAUUUGAUCCAAUCUUUAUUGGAGCCCGUUUCAAUGCAGGGUGGGGUAAAAUAUAUCUUCGAAGAACACGCAUUGUGCCCUGCUUCGGGUGGUGAGCAUUCAAAUUGUGGUCGCCUGUGGUCCUGGGACUACGAAGGACUUCGACAGGCAACCAGAGCGAGUCAUUCCAAGUACGCACACCACAUAACUUCCUUUUCCUUUGUCUAG